AUGGAACAAACCGAGCAAGGGCUAACACAAGCAAAAUUGACAAUCCUAAAUUUAACAACGAAUGUGAAAACAGCAACUCUAAUGAGGACAGUACGAAGAAAUACAGCAAUUAGCUUCUCGAUAAACACCAACCAAAAACAAUGGCUUUCGACAUCAUCACCAGGGAAAUUCUACUUACCUAAAUCUGUGAAAACCCGGAUAACUGGCAAAGCCAAAUGCGCAGUAUCCGAGGACUUAAAUAGAUUAACCUCUUUGGUAUGGGCUUAUGAUUUGUUUUUGAUUACCGUAAUCACUUUACUUGUUCGAUGCUCGUCAAAUAAAACUUUGAAUCACAAUCGUGCAUUCAUCAUUACGAAAACCGUUCAAGGCGAACAUAUAAAUACCUCGAAACCGCUUCAUACCUUCUAUACACAUUUAAAAAUAAUGGAACGGUGGAGCAAAAGCAUUGCUGUAGUUACCGGGGCAAGUGCCGGGAUUGGUGCCGUAGUAGCCAAGGAGUUAGUGAACGCAGGAUUAACUGUUGUUGGCCUAGCUAGGCGCGACCACCUUAUACGAGCUUUGUGUGAAGAUCUUCCAACAGAUUUCAGAUCGAAACUUUAUAGUUUAAAAUGUGACGUAACAAAGGAAGACGACGUGAAGAGUGUUUUCCUCUGGAUCAAGAAGAAUCUAGGAGGAGUGGAUAUUCUAGUGAAUUGUGCAGGGGUUAUGAGGAUCAUGCCAAUGAUAAGUCCAGGAAGUGGUGAAGCAGUUCGACAAGCUGUUGAUACUAAUAUCAUGGGAGUUUACUACUGCACCAGGGAGGCCUACCAGUUGAUGAAGGAAAAGCAGCUUUCUGGGCACAUCGUGAACUUAAAUAGUGUUGCAGGGCAUCAAGUACCAGCAGUUAGUUCGGUAGCACCUUCGGUUAAUAUCUACCCGGCCACGAAAUUUGCCUUGAAUGCAAUGACCGAGACUUUUCGACAAGAAUUUAGGAAUGAUGGAAGCAGAGUGAAAAUUACAAGUCUAAGUCCAGGACCAGUGGCAACUGACUUAGUUGGACCUGAUUUCCGAAAAAUAAUGGAACUGCAAAUUCCAAUGCUCAAACCUGAGGAGAUAUCGAAAGCCAUAUUGUACAUUCUGGGAACUCCUGCUGAUGUUGCUAUAACCGAGCUCACAAUACAGCCCGUAGGCGAUAACUGCUUACAUGGCCUGUAAGCAUGAAGGGAAUAAACAGGAAAAUUUCAUCCCACAAAACAAUUUCAAAAGUAUUAUAUUAUCCAGCCCUAAUACAGUUUGUUCAUAGAAUUCCGGUUCAUAUUAGAUUUCUUACCAAAAGAAUUGAAAUAAAAUCAACCUUAUUUAUGUGAAAAUUUACAGUAAAGAUACUAAUACCACUCUAA